CCUCGGUGUCUAUGGCAACGGAGCUACAAAGAAUUUUCCGCCAUCUUUGAUUGCACAUGAAAAAUCGACCUUUGCUUUUACAAUGGUAAAACUGCACUUAAAACAGGGAGACGAGAGUUUGUUCCUUUUCGAGACAACUUGUCAAGCUGAGCUUUCGGAGCUUAUACCACAACUAGUCAGAAUUCAAAAUGGAAGACUAAAAAUCGAGCGCUUGUUUUACGAAAUGGAAGAGCUUGCAAAGCAUGGAAUUACUCUUCCACCCAACAUGCAGGGUCUGACAGAAGAACAGCUCUCUGAACUUAAUCUCCAUGACGAAUGGGAGGAUGAGUGUAUUCCUACUGGAGGUGUCGUUGAAAAUAAGGAUCCCAUUGGAAGACGAAAUGGGAAAGCACCUGGUGAGAAGAUGGCAGAAGUCGUCAACCGAACAAGAAAAGAAGCAAAGGCCAAAAUUUCUAAGGUUUGUUGCAAGUCUGUUUCCAAUUGUAAGGAUUUGUCAAAUGCACAGUGUAUGUGUAAUUGGCAGCCUGGUCUGGUCAGAGUCCCAGAAAAAUUGUCAGCUAUACACUGUAACAAAAACCUCUAUUCAAUGCCACCUCUAUUAAGCGACCGCGGCCAGCUUCUUACCAUCCCAAGGGUGAUUUUGUUUUGUUUUAUACCUCUAUUAAAUGGCCAGGAAGAUUUGAAGUUGGACAUUUUUGGCCAGAUGAAGGCUUCUCUUCAAGUGCUAGAUGAAGGUGCUACCCAGUUGUGGUGGGCUGGGAAAGAGCUUCAAAGAGGAAAAAAGCUUCAAGACUUCAUUGGGAAAAAUGAGAAAACUAAACUUAUUGUCAAGAUUCAAAAGGUGAGAAAAAAAGUGUACUAGAUCUUCUCAGCUGAACCUUCCCACUGUGCAAACAGUUAGCCAGAGUGACCAAU